GUACCAGUUCGUGGUGUAACUCGCGACCUGGCUGCUAGCGAUACCAUGGGAGACUGCGACCUGUGCCGAACGUACGGAUCUUUCACAGGAUAUGUUUGACGUGGCUAAGCCGUAGAUCAAGUUCUGGAAGAGGAAGUGAGUACAAAGCCUUGAGCGUCCCAGAUCCUCACCUACUGCUGUUUCCAUCAAAAGACAAUUACCGCAUGCACCAAGAACAUACUGACCUGGCACUACCAGUGCGCAUACAGCUCUCAGCCACCAACAGUCACUGGCCAAAUCGCGGCAACGCACGACACGCACACCACCUUGGACAACUAGACUGGACCGCAGCAAGGUAAGAGCAUAUACAGCAUAAGAAGCGGAACCUGGCAAUGCUUUGAACGCCCAUCAGCUUCACCCACCCACUCCUCCAAGCCCAUCAACCACCACAAUCGCCACGAUGCGUUUCCACCUCUCCACAGUCAUCCUGGCUCUGCUAUCUCUCGCUGCUUGCGCCCCCUCCGCGGAUGUCACAAACACGGACGUAUCCAGAACCGUAGACAUCCGCGCCGGCGAGCCAGCUGCUGCCGCCCAAGCACCCAGGGCAGCCCCGUCCUCGUUCCUGGUCCAAUCCUUUGAGGUGUGGAUGCCUUUUCCUUUGUAUAAGGGCUCCAUGAAAUCGCGCGCCAUAUUUGAAGUCUCCAUGUUCCCUUCCGUCGCGGACUGGAGCGCCACAUGCUGGACGACGACAAGUGAGACGCUGUGCGAUCCCAAUGUAUGGUACAACUGUACUGUCUCCGCCGAGAACGAGAGGGUGAUGUUCAGGUUUGGUCAGGACUUGACGAGCGUGGAUAUCAAGCGUCGGUGGACGUAUGGGGAAACAACAAUGACGGUUACAGCGAGUGAGCCCGCUGUAUGGAAUGAGGGCAUGAAUCCCCAGCGCCAGAAUGUCACGGUGAGCCAGUGGGGAAAGUGCUACAAGAGGCCUAACGGAUGGAAGCUCGACUGGAAGACAAUGGUUGGAUGAGAGGAGAAUCAGAGAGCACGAGAUAGAGCAAAUAGAAGAGAAGCAGGGAGGUGGUCUGAUAACGCGGAUAGCAACAGCGUAGGAAGGAGUCUGGCCGUACUGUGCGGUAAACGAAAGGGGCAGCGGAAUCAUUAUAAUUAAAAUUGUCAGGUGG